AUGUUGUUGUCAGUGUUCAAACAAUCAGGGUUAGGAGCUCUGAGAUAUACCACGGUGAGGCUACAGUUAGCUGAUAGAUCUUAUGUUUAUCCUGAGGGGGUAAUUGAGGACGUCUUACUGCAGAUUGGGAAGUUGAUUUUUCCUGCAGAUUUUAUCAUCCUAGAUUACGUGACAAAUGAGUUGGUUCCUAUCAUCUUGGGACAGCCUCUUUUGGCAAUUGGAGAUGCAAUUAUCAAAGUCCGAGAGGGUAAGAUGAUCCUGCGGGUGGACAAUGAAGAAGCAGUCUUCAAUAUUGCUGAAGUGCACCAAGUCUGGUGCGAUUGCACCUGCGGAGUUUUGACCACAGGUGCGAGCUCGCAGAAGCAACCUACAAAGAAAUGGGCAGAGGUCGCUGGUGCGAGGUGCGGAGCAGGGCUAGCCUGGGGCAGGGCGCAGGUGCGAGGGAGUAACUGCAUCUACGAGCCCGAAGGUGUGAGCAAGGCUCCGCAGAUACGGAGUUGA